AUGUCACUUACAGUGCUGGCAUUCGUUGUCACGGUCUCAAUCACAGGCUUGCGCCUCCCUCAUCCCGCGGGUCAAGAUACCAAAUCACGGGCUGCGCGCGGCGGCAACGGGACACAAGUCACAGUCAUCAUCAACGCAAAUGGGAGUCACAAGCAGCUCUUUGGUCUAUCUUGA